AUGAGGUGGUUCCUGCUCUUGGCACCUAUGCUGCUGACCGUGUAUGCAGAGACCAUCGUUUAUUUUCAGGAUUAUUUUGAUGAUGGAGAUGAUGAAUGGGAGAAACGAUGGACAAUGUCAAAAAAUAAAUCUGAUUAUGGUAAAUUCCAGCUGUCUGCAGGGAAAUUCUAUGGCGAUCCAGAGAAAGAUAAAGGUAUACAAACGAUUCAAGACUGGAAGUUUUAUGCACUGUCUGCUCGAUUUGAACCGUUCAGCAAUGAAGGCCAGACAUUAGUGAUUCAGUACACUGUGAAGCAUGAACAAGGGAUUGACUGCGGCGGAGGGUACGUGAAAUUAUUUCCUGCUGACCUGAACCAGACACAGAUGAAUCGGGAAUCUCAGUACUAUAUCAUGUUUGGUCCUGACAUAUGUGGAACAAUCCAUGAAAAGCUCCAUGUUAUCUUUAAUUACAAGGGAAAAAAUCAUUUGAUUAAAAAGGAUAUAAAAUGCAAGCAUGAUGAAUUAACCCACUUGUACACUUUGAUUUUACGUCCCAACAAUACGUACAUAGUUAAGAUUGACAAUGAAAAUGUGGAAAAUGGAACCUUGGAAGACGACUGGGAUUUUCUACAGCCAAAGAAAAUUAUAGACCUAAAUGCUACCAAACCGCUAGACUGGGAUGAAAGGGAGAAGAUUGAGGAUCCUGAUGACAAGAGACCAGAUGACUGGGAAGAAACGGAGCUCAUUCCAGAUCCAGAGGCGAGAAAGCCAAACGACUGGGAUUCCAGUAUGGACGGAGAAUGGGAAGCUCCAGUGAUUCCAAACCCAAAAUACAAGGGAAUAUGGAAACCACGGAUAAUAGACAAUCCAAACUACAAGGGAGAGUGGGUUCGACCAGAUACUGAUAACCCCGACUACGUUCCAGAUCCUACCAUUUAUAAGUAUGACAACAUUGGGGUAAUUGGCUUGGACCUGUGGCAGGUGAAAUCAGGCACCAUAUUUGACAAUUUUCUUAUCACAAAUAAUGAAACUUAUGCUGAGAUUAUUGGGAAUUUGACAUGGGGACUGACAAAGGAACCAGAAAUGACAAUGAAACAAAUACAAGAUGAAGAAAGCGAUGCAAAAGAUGAGCGAAAGCAGAGAUGGAAAAGAUUAGAAAAAGAGUUUGAAAGAUUGGAACAAAUGGAAAAAGACGGGACAUUGGAACAAGGAGGAAGACAUAAAAUUCAGGAAAUGAUAGACAGGGUAACGGGAAAAGUCAAAGACGAAGAAAAACCCAAAGGCAUAGAGGAAAUAAAAGGUAUGAAAGAAAAAUCAAAGGAAAGAGGAGGAGAACAGAAAGAGGAAGGAAAACGAGAAGUAAUCCAAGAAAAGAAAGACGGACAAAAACAGGAAGAGGAAGCAAAACAAUACAAGGGUGUAAAAGAAGAAGAAACGGAAGAGGAACAGGAACGGGAGAGUGGAGCGGAAGAGGAAGUAAAACAAACAGGCGUAAAAGAAAUGGAACAAGAACAGGAAGUGGAAGGAAAACCAGAAGAGGAAGUAAAACAAGAAACUGUACAAGAGAAGGAAGAUGAAGGAAGACGGGAGGAAGCACACGAAAAGGUAGAGGAACAAACACAGAAAGAUAAAAGUCAGCAAACUCAGUUGGAAGAACAAGAGAACACAAAAUCUGUUUCUAAAGAUGAACUAUAAUGACUUUUUUAAGCUUGGUCACCAAAUUCCUAGCGGCUGCCUGGUGAUUUUUCAUUUUCAGAGCUUCUGAUUUAUAAAGCAAUAUCUUAUCAACGCUGUUGCUGUCCAUUCGGAAGGCAAGCGGCUGUCAUGUUUACAGGAGUAGUGAGACAGAUUCAUCCAGAAAAGUGAAACGGGCAGCGCCUAUAGAAUGUCUCGCAUGACCCUAGUGCCUUAUUUAGUCUACGGUGCCUUUUUGAAUUCUAGAAACCCUGAUCCCAAACUAUUCGAUGUGAUUUAGACAGAGGAGUUUAUUCACUAAAGCAAGAGUUCACGGGAGAGUUGUC